CUCGCGUUUGGUGAGGAAGAAGAUGAAAAGCUCAUUUGAUUCCUGUCUGCCGCAUGACAUACCCAUCAUCCUCGCAAUAUGACUCUCGAACGACCAAGUUCCAUCAUCGCAGAGCAGCUCCAGGGGAAGGCCGGGAACGUCGCCAUCGCCCCCGUCUCCUCACUUGUCUCGCAGUCCGCUCGGCAUGCGCUCACCCUCAGACACGAAGCCAGCGGGGAGUAUCAUCAAUUGCUACUGUUCUCCUUUCCCAGGCCGCCUCACCCGUCUACGAGGAGUUACGAACAUGCCAGCAGCUCUUCCUCCCGCUCUUCUGAUGAACCUCGAGCAUGGUACUGCAUGGAAGCCGUCUGUCCUCAUGCGGGUGGUCCCCUAGAGAAUGCCACUUUGGAAAGUGUCGAGAAGGAAUUGGAAGAUGAAGCCAGACAGAGAGAUGACAUAGGAAAGCACGAGGCGGAUGUGGAGGAUCUCGUCGUUGUUUGCCCCUGGCACGAAUACGACUUUUCCCUGCGGACUGGCAAGAGCACACGCGGAGGGCAGGUCAGGGCCUGCGUAUACAACGUCGAGAUACGCCCCGGGCCCGAAAGUAAUGUCGGCUCCCAAAGCUUGACUUUGAAGGAGACUAUCCGGCUAGCCCAGCCAGGCAUGAAGGCGAAAGGUUCCAGGUUCGGUGCUUCACCAUCCGAGCCUGCUGCCGUUGAGCGAUCAGACAAGUGGAUCUGGGUCGAAGCGCCACGCCUUGAAGCCGGGGAUGAGUGGGAAGCUCGGGGACAGGCGCGUGGUUGGACAUGCAUCGAAGUCAGGCCUGUCAGCGAAGCCUUUGCACAGCCUCACCGGGAGUCACAGAUUGCUGCCAAUGCUCCAGAUGCGGCGCUCUCUGAAUCAAUACAGGAGCUCUCAUUCGGACCAGAAAGUAUAUCUCCUCCAGGAGCAUCAUCUUCUCUUCCAUCGCGCUCAAUGACUCAAGGAGCAGUCCCUUCAGCCAAAGCUCGAGAUCAUGAGGCGUGCCCACCUCCAAAUCCUGAACCGAAGACCAUCGUUGCGUGGGCUUGCCUCAUUCUCAACACGGCAGCGCCCACACUCAAGGUUCACUACACCAAAUUGGCUUAUGACGCUUUUCUUGCUGGGAGAUGCACCAGAAUAGGAGGAGGCUCGUGGUGCAGGAAAGAGAGACGAGUGGGUGAGGAUGGAGGGGAUGAGCCCGGGUCCGCCUAUGGAGGCCCCUCACCGUCGAGCUGGGAGUGGCACAGGAGCGCAGACGAAAUACCGCCCGAGAAGCCUCCACGGCAGACAGACAACGUGGUCAAGCCCGGAUUUGAGGCUAAGCGAGGUAAAGGAGGAACAGAAAGAGGCAGGAUAGCGUUGCUGCACUCACUUGCGAACAUCGAACAAUGGGCUAUAGACCUCGCCUGGGACAUGGUAGCCAUCUCACCCCACUUGUAUGCGGAGGCACUCUCGCCACCCUCAACGUCUGGCUCGAAUCAAACGCACAAGGCGCUUCGACCACCUCUCCAAAUGAUUGCCGACUUUGUGAGGAUGGCCGCAGACGAAGCGAAGCAUUUCACGCUGCUUUGCGAGCGUCUUGAGAGUCUAGGAGUCAAGUUUGGAGACUUGACGGUGCACCACGGUCUCUGGGAGACUGCAAGAGACACCCGGCACUGUUUGGCAGCUCGGCUGUCUGUCGUUCAUCUGGUCCACGAGGCCAGAGGCUUGGACGUCAACCCAACCACCAUAAGUCGUUUUGUCAAGGCAGGGGAUGAAGAGAGCGUGAAAUCGCUGACAAUCAUACACGAGGACGAAGUGACGCACGUUAGCACUGGACAUCGAUGGCUGGUGCAUUUGUGUCAAGCUCACAACCCUCCUCAAGACCCAGUGCAAGUCUUUCGCCAAAAGGUCCGCCAGAAUUUCUCGGGAAUUUUGAGGGAACCUUUCAACGAGCUGGAUAGAGCUAGAGCGGGCUUGGAUAAACAGUGGUAUGAUGGACUUAGGGGUCAGAAGAGGACCGUGCUUGAUGGAGACAGCCGGAGUGGAGUCCAAGAUGCCAGGGUCGCGCAGAUCGCUGGAGGCUGAGCUUGUCGGCGCCUCACGUGGCACUGCCAGAUUUGACUCGGCUGUCGAAAAUAUAUGCAUUUAAGGGU